ACCUACAAAGCCGGGUCCGAUCAUUCCUGUUUUGCAAGUGAGGAAUACAGGGCUCAGAAAGGGAAGAAGGGGCCAGCCUUGAGUGACAGUGAUGCAAGAUGGCAGCCACCACGGGCUCGGACAAUUUAUGAAAACCGAAUAUGCAGCCAUAAAAUAGAAUGUGGACCUAAAUACCCAGAAGCACCCCCCUUUGUAAGAUUUGUAACAAAAAUUAAUAUGAAUGGAGUUAAUAGUUCUAAUGGAGUGGUGGACCCAAGAGCCAUAUCAGUGCUAGCAAAAUGGCAGAACUCAUAUAGCAUCAAAGUUGUCCUGCAAGAGCUCCAGCGCCUAAUGAUGUCUAAAGAAAACAUGAAACUCCCUCAGCUGCCCGAAGGACCGUGUUACAGCAAUUAAUCAAAAAGAGAAACCACAGGGGCGCCUGGGUGGCUCCGUGGUUAAGCGUCUGCCUUCGGCUCAGGUCAUGAUCCCGGGGUCCUGGGAUCGAGCCCCGCAUCAGGCUCCCUGCUCUGCGGGAAGCCUGCUUCUCC